AUGACCCGUGGUGAUUGGACCGUCGAUUGGACCGUUCACCGACCUUAUUGGAUGAAGAGCAAGGAGUACUGGAACAACAGUUUUGACGAGCGUUACAGAAAACUCCAAGAAGACGUGGACAAGAAAAAACGUCCGCCGCUCAAGGUACGGUCGAACGACCGAAUAAGCCACCAGUGGAUCAAGAACAAUUUGGGAGUGAACGUCAAAACCGGAUGGUCCGUGGACCCGUUCGGCCACGGUCCCACCGUACCGUAUCUGCUGAAAAAAUCUGAAGUGACGGGUGGAGCGGUCAUCCAGCGUCUGCACUUCGCGUGGAAGGAAUGGUUCGCGCGGACGCAAAACGGCGAUUUCUUCUGGAGGCAAAACUGGGACUGGAGUGGGCACACCGACACUUUGGUGCACAACAUGCCGUUCGCCAUCUACUCGAUCAGAGCGUCGUGCGGCCCUCACCCACAGGUGUGCUUGAACUACGACUUCCGGAAGGUGAAGAACGAGUUCACGGACUACUCGGAGCUGGCGGUGUUCAUCGACGACGAGAACGUGAAGCAGAAGGCGGACGUGCUGAUGGACCAGUACGGGCGCACCGGUUCCGUGUCGCCGUACAACGUGGCGCUGAUACCGUUGGGUGACGAUUUCCGUUACGACCAUGACGUUGAGUGGGACCAGCAGUACACCAACUACAAGAAGCUGUUCGACUUCAUCAACGCGAACAAGGACCGGUACCGCGGGGCCGAGGUGGGCUUCGGCACCCCGUCGGACUUCUUCCGGGCGCUGCGCGACCGGGCCGCGGGCCACUUCCCGUCGUUGCGCGGCGACUUCUUCGUGUACAGCGACGUGUUCUCAGACGGCCGGCCGGCCUACUGGAGCGGAUACUACACGACCCGGCCGUACUGGAAAGUGCUGGACCGCGAGCUGGAGGCCAAGCUGCGGUCCACCGAGAUGCUGUACACGUUCGCGCUGAACGACGGCCGACGUCAUGGGCUGUCCACGGUCAAGCUGCUGGAGCACGACUACGAGAAGCUGAUCAAGGCGCGGCAGCACCUGGCGCUGUUCCAGCACCAUGACGCCAUCACCGGUACGUCCAAGGCGGCCGUCAUGACGGACUACGCCCUUAAGCUGUUCGAGGGCUUGCAGAACUGCGCAUCGAUCCAGAGCUACGCGGUCCAGAGCCUGCUGUCCAAGGCGGCUGACCGAGGCGCACCGUUAGCCGCAAAGGUGGUGGUGCCGGACAGCGACCGGCAGACGUACGACCAGCCCACGUACCGGUUGGCGCUGAACGUGGACGAGUCGCGGCCGCGCAACGUGAUCGUGUUCAACCCGCACGGGCGCCGCCGCACCGAACCCAUCAGGAUACUGGUGUCGAACCCGAACGUGCGCGUGGUGGACAGCGCCGGGACCGCGGUCGAGCACCAGGUGAACCCGGUAUGGAACGUGAGCGAGACCGCCGAACAACCGCUGGCCAUGUCCAAGCUGUGCUUCGAGCUGCUGAUCGUGGCCGUGCUGGAGCCGCUGAGCCUGACCACGUUCACGUUGCACAAGACGCCGCCGGAGCCGGAACGGCUGGCGCGGGUGUACUGCAAGAACUGCGCGGGUCACUCGGUGUUCACGGUCCGCCCGAUGCGCCUUGGUGACGUGCAGUUGGAGAACGAGCACCUGCAGGUUGUGUUCGACGGCAAGACGGGGCUGAUGAGCUCGGUGGUGGACAAGAGCACGGGCGUGUUGCAACACGUAUCCAUCGACUUCGCGGCGUACCAGUCGGCGCAGUUGCGCAGCGGCGCGUACCUGUUCAUGCCGGACCCGAACCUCCGGGAGACGGAGAAGAAGGUACUGGACGACUACCCGGGACCGUCUACGGUGGUGGUCACGUCCGGUCCCCUGUCGUCCGAGAUCACGGUCGUCUACGGGAUCGUCACACACACAGUGCGGUUGUACCACGGCCGUGGCAUAGAGAGCAAGGGUCUGUACGUGGAAAACGUGGUGGACUUCAAGAAGCCGCCCAAGAACCGGGAGACGGAGCUGUUUAUGCGGCUGUCGUCGGGCAUCAGCAACGGCGAGCCGGCCGUCAUCUACACCGAUUCCAACGGGUUCCAGAUGCAAAAGCGCGUGACGGUGAAGCGGGUGGGCAUCGAGGGCAACUACUACCCGGCCACGUCGACCGUGUACAUCGAGGACGACAAGCACCGGCUGACGGUUCUGGUGAACCACGCGCAGGGCGUGGCCGGAUGGGAACCGGGGCGCGUCGAGCUGAUGCUAGACCGACGAACGCUGUACGACGACGCGCGCGGCAUGGGCGAAGGCGUGGUGGACAACAAGCCGACGUUGACCAAGUACUGGAUACUGCUGGAGUCGGUGACGAGCAGCGGCGGCGGUGGGCACCACAGGGACCACGUGUCCAACCCCAGCCUGGUGGCCAACAUGCUGUCCGAGGGCCUGCUGUACCCGGCCAACGUGUUCGUCGUGGAACCGAACGCGGAGCACCUGCUGCGACCGACCGCCGCGUUCGCCAACACCGCGAUGCCGUGCGACGUGCACCUGAUGAACGUGCGCACCGCCACGGACCCGGUGUUCCAGCAAUUCCCGUCGUCGUCCGCGCUCGUGGUGCUGCACCGCAAGGGCUACGACUGCCGCGUGGACACCGGCUACAGGAUACCCGAGUGCCGGCUGCGGCGCGACAAGGGCGUGUUCGACCGGGGCACCGUGUUCGCCGGGUUCCGCGACCUGCGCGUGUCUAAGACCACCGUCACCGGUGUCCACCACCUGGACACCGUCGACCGUCUCGAACAGGUCGAGGUUUCUCCCAUGGAGCUGUCUGUGCUCAACGUCACGUUUGUCGUUUGAACCACUACCGCCAACAACCUCUCUCGCUUUGUUACACGAUACAACUAUGCACCCUGUACACGUAAACGUUUCACGUCGCAAUGCUGUGACCGGCGAUCGAUCCACGGAGGAUUCGCCAUCGAUUUCGACCACAACGUCGAUCGAUUAAUUAAUGAAACAUUCGAAUUCAAUGACCUAGUUCUAGGUCGCGCGGUUUGAAGUUUACCCGAAAACAAUCAAAGCGUACGAUUUCGAGCCGUGGUAAAGAGUUACUUUAAACGUGUCCGGGUCUACCCCUGGCCAUAACUCGACCCGUCCGUCUUUCUCAUCGGUAAACCUCGCAACGUCCAGUCUGGGAUGCCCUCCACCACCCGGCCCCAUACUCGUUACAUAAUACGGCGGUACAAUAAUCAAAUAUAUACACGUUUACGGGUCAAGUCGUUGUUUCCGGUCAAUUCCGUGCGUUAUCGUCAAUAUCACCGUACGACCGCUGUAUUUAUAAUCGAACACCGACUCGAUUUGGAAAUAUUCAAGUUUUUUUAUUUUCAUUUCCACGGGGCCGCGGAAAUCAUCGUACGGUUAUAAUGAUAUGUAUUCGUAUCCUCCUCGUGAAAAUCUGUAUAUCCGAUAAAGUGACGCGCGCGCGAAAUCUCCAUUAAAACAACCGUACGCCAACGUGAAAGGUGUGAUAUAAAGUAAUGUAAGUUAACUUCAAUCGUGUACACUGUAUUUUAUUCUUGUACCAAUAUUAUAGUUAUAUUGUAUUAUUGUGUUAUAAUCUUAAUUUCGAAUUUGUUGAAAAACAUAUUUAACAAAACUGUAAAAUCAAACGCGACGCGCAUGCUCGUUGUUGUUAUAUUAUUUAAUAUCGUAUCAAUACGAUAAUACCUAUAAAAUAUUAAAUAUUAGUAAUGUUAAUCGUUGUAUUGCAAUAUUAAUGCGUUUUCUUGGUAUUGUAUAUUAUUAUCACUAUUAUUUUAUUUUAUUUUACUUUUUUGUACCUUUUUUGUAAGGAUUACGGAAUACUUAAUAUGUUUUUAUUUCUAGUCAGAUGUUUUGCACGAGUAUCGAUAUUAAAAAUUCGUACUGAUUUCCACUUAAAACAAUACCGUUGUUUGAUUUUUAUCCGGAUAUAACAUUUUAGUUA